AUGGCUUUUUCCAAGAAUCUAGUAUUUAUUUUCUUCAUGGCUUUGGCAUUUGUAAGCAUAGACGUUGGACUAGCUGCUCGUAAUCUUUUACAAAUGCCGAAUUUGCCCUCGGUGCCAAAUUUGCCAAUCCCUACUUUGCCAAGUUUUCCAAAUCUUCCACAGCCUACAUUGCCAACAUUGCCGCCACUUCCUAGUAAUUUUCCGGCCAUGCCGACUCUUCCGAAGUUCACUCUGCCUCCGUUGCCAAGCAUGCCUUCAAUCCCCACUACUAUUCCUUCCAUUCCUUUGCUCUCCCCACCACCAGCUGGGAACUAA